AUGACGAUGCUUCAGUCUGUCCUCUCAGCUAUUCCAUCCUACGCGAUGUCCUGCUUCCAACUACCUGUGGGAUUAUGUAAUAGAAUCCAAUCAGUGUUAGUUCGCUUCUGGUGGGACGACAGUAAAGGGGAGAGGAAAAUCUGUUGGGUAGCUUGGGAUAAGAUGACGAAGCCUAAGAGUCUAGGGGGUCUGGGUUUUAGAGAUGUUCAGCUUUUUAACCAAGCUCUACUAGCAAAAAUUGCAUGGAGAAUCCUAAAGAAACCCAACUGCCUCUUGGCUCGGGUUCUCACUGGGAAGUACUGUCAUAGUCAAUCUUUCCUGUCUACUGCAGCUAGGACUGAUUCCUCGCAUGGGUGGAAAGGCAUUCUAUGGGGCAGAGAUUUACUCCUAACCCACCUAGGGAAAGCUAUUGGCAAUGGAACGUCUACUCGGGUCUAG